AUGACCGGCCUGACGGCAACAACAGGGCCCUCGGGCGCCGUAGAAGAUUGGGUCGACAUUGGCCGCGGCGUGGCCUCCAGCUCCAUGUUUGAGCUGAGCAGGACGGUGUUGGGGCUGGCGUAUCAGGCAUGCCGCAAUGUGCCGAGGAUCGCCCCCCCGAGAGAGGGUCAGCUCCGGGGACCUUACGCGCGCGACCCCGACAAGUUCCGCCGCCUGCUGUUGGAAGUGGUCAAGGCCUGUGAUGAGUUCUUGCGACUCAUUGGACGGCAUAUCGACGCACCGCAGAGCACCAGCGCCACCCAGGACGCCACCAAAUCCUACACCGCGCCAUCCGAGUCUGCUGCCAGCCGACCAGCGCAAGGCGAGCCGACAGACUCACUGGCGUCCACCUUUGCGGACCUGGGCAUCACCGGCCAACGGGCCUUUGCAAGGGUCGUGAGCUUCAUCGAGUGGGAUGUGCUGGGGUUUGACGCCCAGGCCUAUGCAGCGGCGUCCCAGCGCCUCGACAGCGCCAUUACGAAGCUCUGCAAGUUCCAUCCCGGCUUCGACCUCGAGAUUCGCAAGAGAUCCGUCUUUGAGGCACGCAUGUUGACGCUCAGCCCCCAGCUGAGGAGUGCCGUACAGGUUUUGACCGACAUGGCCUUGCACAAUGGCUGGGGCGAGGAGCCCAGAGAUGCACCUUGA